CCGAUUGGAGCGCCCCACAGAUUCGAAAAGAUCAGCCAUUUCAGACCUUCUUCAUCUCUAACUUUGAGGCUGCAAUCUGAGACAGACAACGGGGAGAGAUGGAGAAGGUGAGCGUAGCUGUGAGAGUGAGACCGGCGAGGAGUGAAGACGGCAACAAUGGAACCUUCUGGAAGGUUGAAGACAAUCGCAUCUCUCUUCAUAAGUCUCUUGGCACCCCCAUUUCUGGUGUUUCCUACGCUUUUGAUCACGUGUUCGACCAGGAUUGCACCAACGCUAGCAUUUAUGAGCUGAUCACUAAAGAUAUUAUACAUGCUGCUCUUAAAGGCUUCAAUGGAACUGUAUUUGCGUAUGGGCAAACAAGUAGUGGUAAGACAUUUACCAUGAAUGGUUCUGAGAAUGAUGCAGGAAUCACUCAACGUUCAGUGAAUGAUAUAUUUACCAAAAUUCAUAUGACAACUGAUAGGGAAUUUCUGAUCCGAGUCUCAUACUUGGAAAUUUACAAUGAAGAAAUUAAUGAUCUUUUUGCUGUUGAGAACCAGAAAUUGCCCAUCCACGAAAGUUUAGAGCGUGGUGUAUUUGUAGCUGGACUGAGGGAGGAAAUUGUGAAUACAGCUGAACAAGUACUUCAGCUCAUCCAACUUGGAGAAGCCAAUAGGCACUUUGGGGAGACUAACAUGAAUGUCCGAAGUAGCAGAUCUCACACCAUCUUUCGGAUGGUAAUUGAAAGCAAGGGAAAAGAUAGUUCAGAUGAUGCUAUUCGUGUGUCUGUUUUGAACUUAGUUGACUUAGCUGGCUCUGAAAGGAUUGCCAAAACUGGAGCUGGAGGAGUUCGUCUUAAGGAAGGAAAGCACAUUAACAAAAGUUUAAUGAUUCUUGGCAAUGUCAUUAACAAAUUAAGUGAAGGUGCUAAGCAAAGGGGACAUAUUCCUUAUCGUGAUAGCAAGCUUACACGCAUACUUCAACCUGCACUUGGUGGUAAUGCCAAAACUUCUAUAAUUUGCACUGUAGCACCAGAAGAGGAUCAUGUAGAAGAAACAAGGGGAACACUUCAUUUUGCUAGCAGGGCUAAACGUAUCACCAACUGUGUUCAAGUGAAUGAGAUAUUGACAGAUGCGGCAUUAUUGAAGAGACAAAAACUUGAAAUAGAAGUAUUACGUCAGAAACUUCAGGGAUCCCACUCUGGAGUGCUUGAACAGGAGAUUCUGAAACUGAGAAAUGAUUUGUUGAAGUAUGAACUAGAGCAUGAGAAGCUUGCUAUGGAGUUGGAGGAGGAAAGAAGAUCCCAGAAGGAGCGUGAACAAUGCAUUAUGGAGCAGCAGAGGAAAAUUGAUGAGCUCUACAAUCUUCCCACUUUAUCAGAUUCUAAUGGCCUUGUUGUUCAGGAUUUUGCUAAACAAUGUCUUAAGGAGGAAAGCAAAGCUUGCAGCAGCACAGGCCAGGAUGAUAAUUUUAGUACACCAUGUUUUAAAGCGGCUCCUGCUGCCUUCGUUGCUAAGCGAUCAAAUUACUCACGGCAGCCUGAGUACAGUCCUCUUCCUGAUGCAUUUAGUGAUUUUGCUGAUGAAGAUGCAUGGGCAAAAAUGAAUAAAGGCUUUGUAGCUGAUCUUGAUGCACUCCACAUGACUCCUGCCAUGAAAAGCUCAGUUUCAGCUAACUGUGUACCCACAGAUCCAUCCAUAUCAGAUUACAAACAAGAGGUAGAAAAUCUUAAGAGCCAAUUGAAGCAAGUAUUAAAGGAAAGAGAUGAACUCAAGACAAAUUAUGUGAAACAAACAUCACUCAAUGAAGAGUUAAUGAGAGAGAUUUCUGAACUUCAGCAAGAGGCUUCUCUAGUUCGAGAAAUCCCUGAAAGACUCUCUGAAUCUGUUGAAAAUUGCAAAGAUAUUUUCAAGGAUGUCAUGUCAAUAUUAAAGAACUAUGUAGAUAAUGAGAAGUCGGCAACAGCCAAAUUACUAUCUGCCACAAGUGAGAUUGGCGUCUGCCUUUUCUCAACUUUGGAAUCUCAUUUUUCAUUGGCUAUGGAUGGAGAUGUGUCUUCGAAUAGGAAGCAUUUUUCAUUUGAAGAGCAGCGCAAGAAGCUUUAUGAGAGGGUGAAUAGUACAAUAUCAUCACUUGUGCUGCCUGAUGAGUCAAUUCCCAGCCAACUUUCAGAAAAUGAAUCAUACAGCAGCAAACAUAAGGGGCCUACUCUUGGGGAAGAAAUUGCUCAUUGGAAGAGGAAACUCGAGGAAGAAGCUGUAACAAUCAAGGACAAAUGCUGCAGCCUGGAAAAAGAGCUGGAGUCAAGCAAUCAACUUCUCGCGGCUUCCAGGGAAAGAUAUCAGAACUUAGAUAAGCAGUUCUGUGCUCUGAAAGAAGAGCGAGAUAUGUUAAUCCAGAAAGCCACGGACUCAUCUCAAAAGAUUGCUCGCCUUACAGACCAACGAGAAAAGUUCCUGCAGAAUUACAGCGUGGAAGAGCAGAGGAGGAAAGAUGUUGAAGAAUACAUAAAAGACUUCAGCCUUGCAUUUGCACGCAGACAGAAAACACUCAUGUCCCUUAACUGCGAUUUCAGAUCCAUGAUAGACAACUUGAAGGCUCAGAAUCCAAUUCCAGUAUCCAGAACUCCUGGAUUAUAAGUGUUUCUGCGAUUUCUCACCAAAAUCCCCUAGUAUUCAGAGUGGUUGUUGUUUAAUCUAGUUAAGUUAAAAUGGUUUAUCACACUGCAGAUUCUUGCAUUCAUGUUGUUUUAGUGUAUCAUACAAACAAUUGCAAGAGAUGAUUUGGUGUAAAGUCAUCUCAAUUUCUGUUUAUCCACUCUUUUCUUUUUUAAUACAUGAUCUAGUUAUUUAAUA